AUUCAAACACUUGGGGAUAAAUUUUAAAGCUUCUCGCACGUAACAUCUUAUAUUCCCCGCAAGCCCUUAAAAGUUAAAACCCCUCUUUUCAUAUUAUAUGCUUCCAGGUCGCCUUAGAAGGAUGAGUGGGAAGGGGGUUUAUGUGCGGAAGCCGCAGCGGGUUCAUCCGAGAGCUUGUUCGGUUGGAAAGACGUUAAAGAGUUGUAUGAAGGGGAAGGGGAAGGAAAAGGGGAAGGGGAAGGGGAAAAAAGUAGUUUUUAUAGACGUAGAGUGUGAUAAGUAUGAUGAUGUUUCCGGAGUAUAUCGGGGUUGCGGUUCUAGACGUAAAAGGAAGGAUGGGAGUUAUUCGUAUGCAACUGUGAUUUGCAUUGAUGAUGAUGAUGAGGGUUGUGAGGAAACUGUUAGAGGUAAUGAUUUGGGUAAGGGUAGGUAUUUUCGGGGAAGUAGUGCUCCAGUGAAGUUGUCGAAGUGCAAGCGGACUUACUCUGGUAAAGCAUCCACAAGUUCUCGUUAUGGUUUGGGUACCAAGAGAGGCUUGUCUGAUGAUGAUGUUAUUGAUAUUGAGUUUGAAGGUUCGUCUGGGAAAAUUAAGCAGGAAUGGGAAAAGGCUUUUCUAAGGAGGAAAAAGGAAUAUUCAAGUAGUGUUGAUCAGGGUGGCACCUCUAAAUUUUGUUCUGAUAGUCACCAAGAUAUUGCAACAGGAGAUGGGACAGAGAAAGGUAGUGCCAGUGGUGGCUUAGAUUCUACAAAUCAUACUAGUCACAAGGAAGUAGACAAAUCUCCCUCAAUUCCAAUGGAUGAAGUCAAGUCGGAAAACAAUGCGUGUGAUAAUGGCUGUGAAGCCUCAAACUUUGAUAGGGAAAAUAGUACCUGUAAUAAUCAACCUUCUACAAGUGAUCUUGCUAGUCCUAAUAGUAUUGAUAAUCGGCAUACUGGGACAGUCAUGAAGAAUAAUGAAGAUGGUUUCUUGGUUGCGAUGGUUGAUGGUGCAACCGGUCAAUCUUUUGGUGAUACAAAUAAUGACUCUGUAUUUUUUAACCGUGAAAUGCACAAGGAAACAGAUGAAUAUAGAUUCUCGGUAGAGGCAGAGUUGGCAGCUAGGCAGAGAGAACUACAGAUUCAGGCUGAAGAAGCUCAACAUUUAAAGAGAAUGCGGAAAAGGGAAAAAGCAGAAGCCAUGCGCAUGUUAGAUAUGGAGAGAAGGCAAAAGCUACGGGUAGAAGAAAUGCGUAAAAAUCAAAAGAAGGAUGAGGAGAAUUUGCAUCUAAAAGAGGUACUGCGAGCUGAAGUUAGGAAAGGCCUUGAUAGACUGGAGGCGGCUUCCCAUGAUAUAACAUCAAUUCUGCAUGCUCUUGGAAUUAAUGUAAAUGGCAUAAAUGGGGUACAUGCUGCGUUCAAAAGAGCGUUGUUCACUUUUCACCCAGAUCGAUCUUCACAGUGCGACAUACGCCAACAAGUUGAGGCAGAGGAAAAAUUUAAGCUUGUAAACCGUAUGAAGGAGAAAUAUUUGUCAACCUUGCGAUGAAUACUUCAACUAUAUGUAAAUUAUUAUACCUUCACUAGGAUGGGUUUUUUUUGGUUUAGAUGCUUAUCUAUUAUCUAUUUCCUGACACGAUGAGCUAAAGAAUAUCUAUUGGAAAGGA